AUGUCUAACGAGCCGCUUAAGUCGUUUGAAGAAACGUUAGCGUACAAUAACACGAUAGAUGAGGCUUUUCGCGGAAAGGUUAAUAUAACACUGAAAGAAGACGCAGUUGAGUCGCGUACUAAAGAGAUGCGAAAAGUGUUUCAAAAAACAUGGAAGCAACACGCCGCUCUACAAGUAAGUUUUCAUGGGAACAUUCGGAGCGUUGAGAAGUUUGAAUGGAAAUGCCUUUUAGCGCGAGUCAAGUAAGA